AUGUCUCUAUUCGGCGGUGAGACCUCCGCAACGUCCGCGACCUCCGAUUCCUUCAGUCGAGACGCUUCUCCAUUCACGCAGAGCGACAGCGAACCCCUUCAAGCAGUGCAAAUCGACGGAUCAUCAUCAGUACCCUCACAUAAACCUAAGGCCGAAGAUGAUGCCGAUGACGGCGACAUAGAGCUUCUUGACGCCCCGGAUGACUCUGGAUCCUCCGACUACGAACCCGACCGCCCCAACCGCUUCGUAGGCCCACCGCAAACAUGGAGGAGAUACACAGUUGCCGAGAGACAGCUGGCGGCUUCAAUGGAGCAGGUUCUCGCUGGUGAUUUGGCUGCUCAUCUCUACAAUGCGCAUGUGCCAAAGCGAGAGUUGCGCCCCAAGAGCUUGCCUGGGUUGAAAAAUUGGCACAGCAAGUCUCGAUGGUAUAAAGAGAACAAUGAGCUUCGAAAGGAGGGACCACGUAUAGAAAGGGAUCCGGACUUUCUGCCUUGGAAAGGUUGGACGUUGUGGCCACUCCCGGAUGCGCCGCGAUUGCGGGAACGAUUUGGGGUAGAGAAUGGGGAAGACGGAGAGGAUGGGAUGAUUGGCGGGACACACAACGCAAGUGCUGGAGAUGAUCUCCGAAAUGUGCUUCUAGGUACCUUUCAGAGGUUCGCGAAGGAGCAGUGGCAAGCAAGGCCCCCGGCGGACUCGGACGACGAGGAUACAAAAACGGGCAUGGAAAGUGAGACGGACACAGAAGCAGAGGCGAAUGUGAAGCAAGAGUCGCGGUCACGGUCCAGGAGUACUACUCGCCGUAGCAGAAAACGUUCUAUCAAAACUCGGAGCCCCAGUCGAUCCAACACUAGAGCUCAAAAGCUCGAUGAUGAUGUCGUUCAUACCACUGAGGUUAAAAUCCAAAGCGACGUAGAGACCUCAGAGGCUUCUGAAGGUACUAAGAAACGACGAGUCCGACGGAGGAUGCGCAAAGGUACUUAUUUCGGGGGCGGUCCACUUUCACGCCCAGUGGUCCUCGCAGACGAUGAAAAGGCUCGCAGGAUCUUACAGCCUACUGUCAACUCUCUCCUCUCAAAGGUUGAUAAGCUAUUGGAGGUUCUUCGUCGAUCGAACCAGAACCAUUGGGUAGUAAGAGGGCCCCCAGAUACGGAGAUGGAGUCCGACGGCGAUACUAUCUCACGAGGCACAUCGCCAUCAAGAUCAAGUUCAAGAUUGAGAAAGCCCUCGACAACUCAAGAUCGCGGACCUUCGUCACGCCCACAAGACGAAUUUAAGUCGACCAAAGGUCGCAAUCCAUUCGAUAAACCGUUAAAGCGAAAUGGCCGUAACCCCCUACGCAAUCUUUCAAAUCCAGCUUCGGGCUCUGAAAGUGACUAUCCACCUGGAGACUCUGGCGAUGCUGAAGACGAAGACGGCCAAGAAGAUAGCCAACCGAGGAGCAAAAGACGACGCACGAAUCGCCAGCAUGACCUGAAACCACGUGAUUGGAGCGAGGUCCUCGGUCUUGCAUCCAUGACAGGUUGGGAUCCAGCAGUUAUAGACAGGGCGGCGAAGCGCUGUUCGGCCCUCUUCGGCGAAAGCAUGGAUUUCCGGACUCUGCAGGAAGGGGAUUCGUUGAAGGCUCCUGAGGACCCAAUCGCGUACACACCGAACCUCACACUAGCUCCACAAACAUCUAAUCCUAACGAUGGAGGUAUUCUCGAAGAUUCUUCUAGCUUAGCAGAGCCUCGCCCGUAUUGGCCACCCGGAACGCAGUCCUGUCCGCAUACGGACUGCUGGGGAAACAAGCAACAAUUCAAGAUGCCAUAUCGUGCUAUAGAGCACUGUAUUCGAGUUCAUAAGUACGAUCCUAGAGUCGAAAAGCGAGAGGCAAGCCCGAUGCUUGGUGCUGUACACGUGGACGGAUUCCUACAGCCAAUCCACAAGCAACAUGGGUGGAGAGGAGGUGAUGCAGGAGACUCGGAGAAGAGACUGAAGCAUGCACAAAAACGGAGCGCUCAAAAAACAUGGGAUGUCAAUGAAUCUGAAUACCGUGCGUCGCGAAGGUUGGCGAGGAAAAGAGAGUCUGGGUGAUAUUUGCUGUUCAUGUGGUAGUGUGCCUAAUGAAACUCACAAAGGAUAUCCUCGAGGUGGUUGAGAAUGGGACUAUGAGGCGGCGAAAGGUGUCCAUCUUUUUUGCAUAGCGUGGCGUCCUGUGAGGGUUUGGGGAGUAAUCGUCGUUAGAUUCGUCCCCUUUCUUUCCCAUUCUUGCAUGCAUAUACCCACAAAAUCCAUCAGCUAUAGGUCUUGUCGUUAGGAGAACGUAGAUUUUUGCCACUCUAUCUGUCUUGCUUCCGCUCCUAUCUCAAUGACUUACUUGCUUCGGAUCAUAUUUGAGUAAACCACAGAGAUGGCGUUUGUCGGAGCACUCUUGGCGGGCAAAGAUCCACGUGUCUCUCAACACCCGAAUACCUAGAAUUUGACACAUAGUAG